AUGUUGACAAGAGGGUCCCCGACAGUUAAUGAACUCGAAGAAGCUUUGAAAUUUAUAGUACGAUGCGUGCAAAGGGAAGCGUUCCUGCCGGUAUUACGUGCGAUAAGGGAAGGUGAAACACAUCGCCUCCGAUGUCUUCAUCCGUUUAUUGAUCCAGUCGAUGGAAUUCUGCGAGUUGGUGGCCGUGUGAAGAAGGCGUUCAUCCCAUACGACAGUCGCCAUCAAAUGCUACUACCAGCAAAACACCCAUUCACCGAGUUGUUGAUACGUUACGAGCACCAGAACAACUUACACGCAGGACAAAGGGCUUUACUUGCAAUCGUACGCCGACGAUUCUGGCCACUGCAAGCUAAGAACGUAAUACGAAAGGUAAUUAGACAGUGUAUCACUUGCUUUCGAGUGAAUCCGAUAAAAACAACGCAGUUGAUGGGAAAUCUGCCAUCUUACCGAGUGCAACCAUCUCCCGCUUUCUUUCACACCAGCGUUGAUAUUGCGGGACCAUUGUUCAUUAGAGCACUUACACAAGCACCUAAACCGAUGAUUACCAAGGGAUAUGUAUGCCUGAGCUGGGAACUGGCUUUAUAG